ACCCCCCAGCCAAUGACGAACCGGCCAGAACAACAGAGACGGCGCACGGUACUGUCGCCCCCGGCAGAGCCUUCCCGCGGCGAUACAUGCCCAGAGGCCGACCGAGCCCAGCGAUAAGCGCUGGCCCUACACCCGGCCCAUCGGCGCCCGAAAUCCGAUCGGAGCCCGCGUGCGACGCAUAGAUGCGCUGCCCGUAAAACGGAAGUUACAAAGGGAAAAGACGACGAAAAUGAAAUAUCAAAAAAAAAAAAUUAAAUAAAACAAAGAAAGAACGAAAAAAAAUAUAUAAAUGUCAAUUCGGCAGAUUCAUGCAUUACACUCAUUACACACAUUCAUAAACCCAUGCCCCAAACGUCCAUAAUCGUCCCACGGAUCCAUUUACCAUAGCUUAGAUUACAGAAUUGCAGGCCCGCUGACGCCGGCUCCCGUGAGUCGCGCUGUCAGCGGAGGGAAAUGCAUGACGUUAGAAAUACAAGAAAUAAGUCAGAUUCCGAACGCCGAGCGAGCAAGGCGAUUUUGAUAAAACCCUACUAUACAAGAACCAAAACAAUACACUCUCCCCCUCCCCGAACUCUACGCACCGAAGAACCAGCCAUGAACGCCACCGAGAACACCCCAGCUAAGGCGCACCAGAGAGCCGCUGCAUCAGCAGAGUCACCCGAAGUCGUAGACCUCACGAAUUUCUCCGACGCCGAGGAACCGGAGUCCGCUGCCAAGGCGGACGAGGAAGCCGCCCCGAAGCCAGGAGUAGCCGAAGAACCCCACACCUCCGAUGGGGACAUGUACGCAGAUAUGGAGCUAGACGCCGACGAGGCAGGGGCAGCCGACCACGAGGGUCCCCGAGACAGCCCCCCGCUGUUCUCCCGCCGACCAUCCGGGUUCCGUCGAGAGAACCUGUGGUCGCCGCCGCCGUAUAAACGACGAGCCGCGCCCUGCUCCCCGGAGCCAACGUCACCGUCAUUCGAAGAGGAGUUCGAAGAUGCCGGUUCUAGCCAGCACAGCUUCCCGGAACCAGAGACGCCAUCAUACGCGCCGAUGUUCGAACAGGAGUUUGAAGAUGCAGGUUAUCACCAGCGCCGCGAUCCCCGAACCGGCCGUGGCAUUUACCGCCCCGAGAGGGGGCUGGAGCGUUACACACCGAAACCAUACAACGCGUACUACGACGACGGGGAGAGCGAAGAGGAGGAACCCUACGGUCGGCAAUUCAUAGCCGAACAGAGACCUUUCACCACACGAUCACGCCAUGGGGGUUACGCGUCACGUGUAACCACCAGAUGUCCGUAGACGUCUUUGUCCCUCCCGGCCGGAAUGUCAACGC